UAAAACGUGCCAGCCUGGUUUAGGCUACACCCAGCUGUAGCCUACAAUUCAGCGAACAACAGAUUCCUUCUUUAGCCCAACAUGUUUGCAUAUGCGUAAUAUUGUGGGUGUAGGCCUAUAGUGAGUCUGGCUUUCUUUGGACAGAGCACUUUUAAUUUUAAUGUUAGUUUUUAAUUCAGGCUGACAAAUACAGUGCAGUAUAGGCUACUGCAGAUUGCGGACUAUAUUUAGUCUAGAUGUCAGCAGCAUCGUGACUGUAAUUGGUCUAAUAAGGUCAGGUGGGAUUAGUUAACAACAACUUUUAAAAAGAGGGUUUGUGUUACACAGACGUCGACUCUGCAGCUCCCCUGCAACGCCGGGGUUAAUUUGACUUUUUGAAACGUCAAAGAAUCUCCAAAUCGAGUCGAGAUGGUUAAUAAUUGGGGUUUACGAGCAGCACUUGAAGGAGACACGAUGCUACGCGCGUAAUGGAUUUCCCCAGCACUGCUGCUUAUUGGGGACCAGGAGCUGCAGCUACAGCGGUCCAACCACGUUAAAGUCGGCUCCGCCGCUUGAUGCCGGUGACCUUGGCUAACGGCGAUCACGCCUUUCUUGCGUUUUUGCUUUUCUAUUCACCAUGGCAUCAUCGGACGGGCUGGACGAGGACUGCGUGCUGGUGCGUGGAAGAUCUCAGAGUGACCCCAGUAGCAUCACCGAGGUCCGAUUGGGUGAAGCGCACAGAGCAGAUGUGAUGGACCAGCAGAGGGCGCUCCAUUCAGGUUGCCUGGUCUCAGGGGUCCGAACGCCUCCCGUACGCCGCAACAGCAAGCUGGCCAGCCUGGGACGCAUCUUCAAGCCCUGGAAAUGGAGGAAAAAGAAAAAUGAGAAGCUGAAGCCCUCUGCAACGGUGGAGAAGAAGGCAGCUGUUCGACUGAAGAAGGACGAGCUCGUCAGGAGGAAGCCCGGGGAGAUGGAGACAGAGUCCGAUCUUGCUUGCGGGGGUAACUGUGAAGAUCCAGACACCCCGACCAACUCUGACGGCGAGGACAGAGACGAGGAGCCUGUGGCGCCUCUGGCCAGCACCAGUGAAGACCUGGGCAGCGAUUUAGAGGCCUCAACAGUGCAAGAUGUGACUGAAGACUCAAAGACCGUUGGCGAUCCCAGUCAGAGUGAGGAUGGGGAAGAUGAGAGCACCUCGCUGAGCGAGCCCAGUGACCAGCUGUCGACGGGGAAGGCGGAGACCGCUGAGGGGAAACCGGAGGUGACGGCGGCCCAGCCUAGACGAGCCAGCACCUCUCCUCCGCCCAAGCCAGUCAAACUGCUCACCAGAAUGGGCAGCCUGGACUGUGCUCCUUCAGUGCCAGUUAAGAAGUCCCCGGCCACCUUACCCAGGAACUUCACCCUCCCCAAAGACCCUCAUGGCUCCCUGUUGAGAGGCAGGAUGUUCACACCUACUGGGUCCCCCCACCUAGGGGCGCUACACUCCCAGCUGCAGCCGAGCUGCAUCAUUGAGGAACUGCACCGCGCCCUGGCCACCAAACAUAGACAGGACAGUUUCCAGACGAAGGAGGCGCGCUCGUCUCUGAAGCGCCGGCUGGACGGCCGUCUGUCCCGCACGUCCAGCACAGAGAGGGAGCCCGCAGGGGAGUCGGAGAGCAAAAAGGAGUCUGACGAGAACAAAGAGAACUGGCGUCUGGACGAAUACUUGAGCGACCAGGACAGCUGGAACGCGUCUGUCAUCUCUGACCCAAGGCUGUCACUGCUGUCAAAGGUGCCACCACUAAAUACUGACUUGAGUAGGACCCUCCCACGCAGGAUGAGGAAGGAGCUGCUGGCUGUGAAGCUUCGGAACCGACCGAGCAAGCAGGAGCUGGAGGACCGCAACAUCUUCCCCGUCCGCAGCGACCAGGAGCGGCAGGAAAUCCGUCAGCAGAUAGAGCUGAAGCUGGCCAAGAGACUGAGCCAGAGACCGGCCGUGGAGGAGCUGGAGAGUCGGAACAUUUUAAAGCAAAGAAAUGACCAGACCGAACAGGAGGAGAGGAGGGAAAUCAAACAGCGGCUGAACAGAAAGCUGAACCAGCGGCCGACAGUGGACGAGCUGCGGGACAGAAAGAUCCUCAUUCGUUUUAGUGACUAUGUGGAAGUGGCCAAAGCUCAGGACUACGACAGGAGAGCCGACAAGCCCUGGACCAGACUGUCUGCUGCUGACAAGGCAGCAAUACGGAAGGAGCUGAAUGAGUUCAAAAGUACCGAGAUGGAAGUUCAUUCUUCGAGCAAGCAUCUGACGAGGUUCCACCGGCCAUAGCGAGGCUUUUUUUUUACUGUGAAGAGUUGCCGAUAUCUGGUUCUGUCAGGGAAGACCUUGCACCGAGUCUUCCAGCGCCCUGGCCCACAGUUAGUGGGUGUCCUGGUAUUUGGGUUCAGUGAACCUUGGAGGCUAUGUCUCUAGAAAUGGAGCUGCUGGCAGACGAGGACGCGCGCAGCAAGCUCCGCCUCCGCUCAGAGGAACUUCACUUCACCUCGUCAGAGGAGUGGGAAGAAUCACGUAUUCGCCAUAGACCAGCGGAGACUUUCUUUUGUAAACAGACUCUUUUGAAAGACGUCCUUUUUGAUGCCGCGCGGGGGGAAAGUGCAUGUGACCGAGUCGACCAGUCCCAGUCCAGUAUCAGUAGUCACAUCCCCGAGCUGUGUCUGAGUCUCACCGAUUCAGUUGAUGAUGCGUUUCAUAUCAACAGUGUUAACAGAAACCUUGUCUGUGUAAAAGACAAAAGAAUCCUUUGUAAGCACUAUUUAUUGUCUGCACAAUACAGGUUUUCAAUUUGUAACAAA